GUGACUCAAUGCAGCCGAACAUGAGCCGAACCACCUCCAUUUCCUACCCGCGCUCGACAUUCGACAAACCGCCCGCACAGUUCAAAGCGGCAGUGUUUUGCAAGCAUCGAUUGCAUACGCUAUGCUCGAGUCGCCUCGCUAUUAUCUAUACAAAACACAUAACGACUACUUACUUCUGAAGAAAAAAUCAGUGAUUCUCAAUAAUUAUUUAUUUAUUUAUAUUUAUUUAAUCAUUUAUACUUUGUUGGUGAAAGUUUCUGUUGAAAUAGAUUGAUAGCGUCCUCAAACUGACGGAAAAUGAGUGAUGGAAGGAAAAGACUUAGCGGUGCUGAGUACAGAAAAAAUGCCAAAAUAAAAAAAGAUAAACAAGAACACGCACUUCAGAAGACCAGGAAAAUAGAAGCUUUUUUUAAGAGUGAAAACAGCAACGAGGGUUUACGUAAUGCACAAGAGAACUCGGGGAUUAGUAAUAAUAAGGAAAAUCAACAUGAACAAGGUUCUGUUCCGGUUGAGGUGAAGAGCCUGUACCAUCAAAAACAGUCAAAUCAGUCGUGUCCAGUAAAACUUGUUCAUCCUCCUGAUUCUGACACCGAAAUACCUUCAACAAGUAAGUGUUAUUCAAAGUCAGAUAACGAAGAAGUGGCUAUAGUUACGACAUCAACUGAAAUUCAUUCAAUAACAAAACUAAACACAGAUCCAGUCUUAUCCAAAACUAAACACAGAUCCAGAAUUAGCUAAGAUUAGCUUCUAGAGGUCUCGCUUUUAGAGGAAGUAAUGAAAAGUAUGGUGACCAGCAUAGUGGAAAUUACAUUAUGCUUCUGGAAUUAAUAGCAGAAUUUGACCCAUUACUAGCUAAACACAUUGAAAGAUAUGCAAACCAAGGAUCAGGAACAACUAGUUACCUAUCGAAAACUGUUUGUGACGAAUUUAUUUCUUUAAUGGCUGAAAAAGUAUUAAUAUACAUUAGUAAUGAGAUAAAAAAAGCAAAGUACUUUUCUUUGAUUGUGGACUCAACACCGGAUGCAGCACAUAUAGAUCAGCUAACGCUUGUCAUUCGAUAUGUUUUAGAUAACGGAGAACCAUGUGAAAGAUUUAUCAAAUUCUUACCUUCUGUAGGACACAAAGCUCAAGAAAUGUUUGAUGCCAUUACUAUAGAGCUAGAACAGUUAAACAUUAAUCUCAAAGAUUGCCGUGGUCAAUCUUAUGAUAAUGCCUCUAACAUGUCAGGGAUUUACAAUGGUUUACAAGCUAAAAUUCAAGAACAAGCACCAUUUGCCAUGUUUGUUCCUUGUGCAGCUCAUUCACUGAAUUUGGUGGGAACCUCGGCCGCUGAGUCUUGUCCAGAAGCCUGCCGCUUUUUCAUGUUGCUGGAGGAGGUAUAUACUUUCUUCGUGAAGUCAACCGAACGUUGGAAAAAACUGAUAAAUGAGAUAGGAAGAGGAAAGAGGCUCAAGAGAGUGAAUCUAACUCGUUGGUCGGCUAGAGCAGAUGCCUGUAAAAGUCUAAGAGAUUCUUGGGAUGAAGUAGUAACAGUUUUAAAAAUUAUUGAAAAUGACACUUCAGAGAAACCCGUCCCGCGAAAUGAGGCAAAAGGAAUUCGCAUUAAAUUAGAAAAACUUGAAACUGCUUUCAUGGUCGUAUUUUGGAAUGCUAUUUUGGAGAGAUUAAAUAAAGUGAGUAUUCAGAUUCAGAGCUCAUCUGUAGAUGUUUUGACGGUAUCUGAUCUCUAUGGAUCUCUAGUAGAGUUUACAAUAGCAGAACGAGACAACUUUGACUAUUUUGAAGAAAAAGCAAUUGAGAUGAGCGCUCUUAAGCAAUAUCAAGGUGAAAUAAAGAGGCAACCUAAAAGAAAAAAAAUGACGGAUGAAACAUCGAAUGAAGAACCUGAAACACCCUACGGCUCCAGAGAUUUUUUCAGAGUGGACACCUUUUUGGUCAUCCUUGAUAGACUGAGGGCUGAAAUAGAGAGAAGGCAUAAUGCUUACUUAAACUUUAAAGAAAAGUUUUUAUUUUUAACAAAAAUUACUGAAUUUUCAACACAAAUAGUUACCGAAAAAGCCCAGUCGCUGGUGAAAUAUUAUACCAAUGAUUUAGAGGAAGAUUUGGUUCAAGAAUGUGUGCAUUUUCACAGUUACAUUUCCUCUAGUAAUGUUGCAGAAUGUGCAGUGAAGCCUAGAUCAAACUCAUUGCUCAGUCUCUCAACGUUUUUGAGGAAUCACUCGCUGUCUAAUGUUUACCCUAACUUAGAUAUAGUUCUCCGCAUCGCACUUUCGACUCCGGCUACGAAUUGCUCUGGGGAAAGAAGUUUUUCCUGUUUAAAACGAGUAAAAAAUUAUCAAAGGUCUUCAUUGUCUCAAGAAAAAAUGAAUUCUUUGGCUCUUCUCUACAUAGAAGCAGAGAUAAUGAACACUAUAAACUAUGAUGAUAUUAUAAAUGAUUUUGCUAUUAAAAAGUCCCGUAAAAAAUUGUAA